GGUUAUCAGACCAGGAAGAAAAUUCUCGUUUCUGGAAUUCUAAGACAUGCAGAGAGAUCAUAACAGCAAACCCACUUUCACACAGAUCAUGGUUGCCUCUUCGAUUGGCUUCAUCAUUGCAGCAGCGGUGCGGUAUCAUCUUAGGAAGCUAAGGGAUCAAAAGAUCAUCCCACGCCUAAGAUCAAGGGACAAAGGCCACGGCCGCAUUGAAAAGCUAGAAAGGUUUCCUCACUACGUAGCUAGGCAGAUGGGAUUUAAAGAUAGAAGAGAAUGCCCUUUGCUUUGCAAGUUGGCUUCAGAAUACAUCAGGAAAUCCGAGGGUUGUGAAGAUGAUAUAUAUACAUUCUUUUCCAAUGAGCCGGAUGUGGAUUCGCUCUUUGUUAAGCUUGUGGAGGAGUUUGAGAGAUGCAUUCUUAGUUAUUUUGCAUUCCACUGGAGCCAUGCAGAUCUUAUGAUUAGUCAGGUAUUAAGUUCUGACGUUGAGCCCAAGAAAAAGCUCAAGCAGAUUGUUAUGGCAGCAACUAGGGAACAGAGAUUUGAGAGGAUGACAAAAAAUCUGAAGGUGGCAAGAGUUUUCACCACAUUGGUGGAAGAAAUGAAAGCAAUGGGCCUCACAUCAACCGAUGACUCUCAGUGUACAGAGGUGAUGGCUCCAGUGGCUCACAGUGAUAGAAGUCCAGUGCUGCUACUCAUGGGAGGUGGGAUGGGAGCUGGGAAGAGCACCGUGCUUAAGGACAUUCUCAAAGAACCAUUCUGGGCAGGAGCAGCAGGGAAUGCAGUUGUGAUUGAGGCAGAUGCAUUCAAAGAAUCAGAUGUCAUCUACCGAGCCCUCAGCUCCACAGGUCAUGUGGACAUGGUCCAUACAGCUGAAUUAGUGCACCAAUCAUCUACAGAUGCAGCAUCAUCCCUUCUAGUGACAGCACUCAAUGAAGGGCGGGAUGUGAUCAUGGAUGGAACACUCUCCUGGAUACCAUUUGUUGUGCAGACAAUAACUAUGGCCAGAUGUGUCCAUCGCCGCCGAUAUCGUAUGGGUGUUGGUUACAAGGAAGGACCUGAUGGCACUGUAACUGAGAACUACUGGGAACAAAUCGAAGAAGAAGAUCAAGUGCAAGAAGGAGGGAAAAUGAGGAAGCCAUACAGAAUAGAGCUGGUUGGGGUUGUUUGUGAAGCCUAUUUAGCGGUUAUUAGAGGCAUAAGGAGAGCUAUAAUGUGUAGACGAGCAGUAAGGGUGAGGUCACAAUUGACAUCCCACAAGAGAUUUGCAAAUGCAUUUCCAACAUACUGCCAACUGGUUGACAAUGCCAGGCUAUAUUGCACCAACGCUUUGGAAGGUCCACCUAAGUUGAUAGGAUGGAAAGACAGAGACAAGACUUUGCUGGUUGAUCCAGAUGAAAUUGACUGUUUAAAGAAGGUUGGCAGGCUGAAUGAGAAAGCAGAGUCCAUAUAUGAACUUUACAAGCACCCCAACCCUGCUUGUGAAGCUGGUUCAAUUUGGAAAGACAUUGUAUUAUCACCUUCUAGAUUAAAUAUUCAACAGGAGCUGAAGUAUUCCAUCCAGAAAGUGGAAAGAAUGGCACAGCUGUAAUGGAGUUUCGAACUUAUGACAAUCGACAGACAAAAAGUUGAAAGCUGAAGGAGGUGUCUCAAACCUUUUGCUUACCAAGGUUGUAUUACGAUCAUGACGCUUAUUUGUAAAAUUGUCUCUACUAGAUAAACUCAGUUCAGAUGGUGAAACUGAAAAACGGAAUAUUUCGAUUAAUUAUGAUGGGUGUUUCAAAUAAUUUGCUAGUAUAGGUGUGGAACUUAUCAUAUUGUAAGUCCGAAAGGGAAUUAAAAAGAAAGCAAUUACAGCUGAAUCUUAAGCACAGCUAAAAUGUUCUUACCUAUAAAUUCAAUUAAUGCAGACAGAGCAUGGUUCUAUUACAAUAAAAUUUAAAGAUUUUCUUAGAUUACACAUGCAUCCACACAAACAGUGCAUAACAGCAACCAAAGGAAGACUAAAGAUCUAGCUUUCAAGUUCAAGCAAGAAACAAACAGAAUAAACAUAAUAAUUACCAAAAGAUGCAGGUUCUUUUAUGACCUUUUUUAUAAUUAUUAUUUCAAAGCUGGGAAUUAACUGGAUUGCACUUCUCUUUCAAGCGUUCAAGUGUGCCGCUUAUACACACCUAGCAUUACCAAAUAGACAAAAGAGUUUUUAUCAAUUCUCUAAAGUCUAGGAAGCAUCUUCUGUUAUCUUUUGACUACAAGAUCUAUAGUUAUUUUUUCAACAUUUUCUAUUAAGCUUCAAUUCAUAUAUGCUAAAUCAUUGCAGCAACUAUAUCUCCUCAUGACAUGUUUGAAAUCCAUCUCUUUCAAGACAUAACCUUCACUGUUGGAAACAGGUAUUGAACCCAAAAAUUUCAGAGUCAUAAAACCUUCCUCUAUGACACCAGAUGUAUAAUUUCCUACUGCAAUACAAUGAAAGAAGCAUAUUUAGCUCAUCGGGAAGUUAAGCUCAUAUCUCCAGAUAGAGUAAAAGAAAUCCACUCCUGUGUGAAAAUUGCUCCGACCUAGACUAAUAAAGUAAUAAUUCACUGAUCAGCGUCAAAUCCACUAAGUUAUUUAGGUUUACUCUGUGACAGCUAAGACAGAGGAAAAUUAAAUUAGACCUCUGAAGCAAGUAACUAUAACUACCAAAAUAUAUGCACUACUAAGAUCUGUGAUAUCAGCACCCUUUUUUAUAUUAAGUUGUUUAAUCGGUACUAGCCUACUCAAUAGUCUCAAAUUAUUGUGACAGAAUGACCCUUGUCAGUUGUACUACCACAUGUAUUCUGGUAAUCUAAGCACUGGUAUCAACAAUAACUUUCCUCCUUCCAAUCAGUGACUUCAGCAAAAUAUAUUAGCCGCUAGAGAAAAUGAAUUACGUAAGACCUGUUUGGUUGAUGCUUCUCUUAUUUGCAUUUUACUUUUUUUUACAAAAAAAUUAAUAGAAAGAAAAAAAAGGGAAAAUGAACAGGAAAACAAAAGAUAGAUAGCAAAAAACAAAUGCAUAAGUAUCAACCAAACACAGCCUUAAUGAUCCAAGGAAAGAAUAUGACUUCUUAUUUCUUUCUAACAUGAUUGCAAUUGGAUCAUUAUUCCAAUUUUUUAAAUCAAAGGAUUGUUUUAACUGUUUGAAACAGCAUCUUAACUAUCUCUCACCCCUUUGAUCCACCAUUCUUUCCCAAAUCAUACAUAUUAUAAGCUAAACCAAGAGUUUACUUGUGAAUGAUUUAGUUGGUGGAACUUGCCCUUGGUUCGCAACAGCUAUGCUUCCUUUGUUACCAAAAAGGACUUUAAAAAACUAUGAAAGGGUAGUACAGUGAGAAUUGUCAUUGAGAAGUUACUCGGUUACCUAUUAUUUCCGCACAAGUGAACAAUCAAGUGUGGUUUAAGCCCAAAAAAUUACUGGGGAAAAUAAUAAUAUUACCACUUAGUGAAGAGCUUUAAGGAAAGCAUUCUAAAUAAGUAUAUGAAACUUUCUUCAGAAGUAGGAACCGCUGCUACCAUUUGUAAUGAUAACAGAAUUAGCAGUAAUAAAUACUUACAACUUUGGACCAGUAGACGCACAAAAAAAGAAAGAUAGAAAUAGGAAAAUGUGAUCCUUACUUCUUCUCUGUGUGGUUGUUUUUGGUACCUUACUUUCAAGCAAUUCCUGUCCCAAGCUUGUCAUGUUUAAACUCACUAACCACAAAACAUGUAACGACAGUGAAGAUUGACAUUGAAGGGAAAGAUGAACAAAUACCUGAUGAGAAAAUUCACCUUACCAGUAACUUUGGCAAAUGGACAGCACUUUAAAUGGUGUUAAAAGCAAGAAAGUUGAGGAACUAGAAAUGUUUGAGAUUCUUGUAGGAAUGGCUUGAAGAGCAUCCCACAAGCGUACAUUAGC